UCUAAAGGUCUUAACGCCCUUUUAAUUGCCGAGUCCUCUGCAGUCUGCACCGUUCAAACACUCUCUUCUUCAUCUCUUUCUUUGUUUCUUUCUUCUUCAUCAAUGGCGAAAACCAGUGGACUCUCCAAUUUUGAUUUUGACCCAAACUAUUUCUUAAUUCACAACCCACCUGUCCUCAAUUCUUUCCCCGAAUACACUCCCAAAGACACCAACAAAAACAACAACAACAACAACAACAAAACAAUGUUUUCUGGUACUACAACAACGCCGGCAAACAUGUCUCUGCCAUCUACCGUCGAUCGGUUCCCCGUUAAAUUCGACUGUUUUUCCGAUCAAACUCGCCCUUCUUUUUUACCCUCAGAUGAUGAUAAACGAAGGGUCGUCGGUGAACUGGAUUUUUUCGCUGAAAAAAACGAUAAACUCGUCGAUGUUGCUGAUUCCAUGCACACUUCCGAUGCCGGACUUGAGCUUAACGUCAACAUUGGUCUAAAUCUGUUAACUGCAAAUACCAGUACCGAUCAGUCCACUAUGGAAGAUAAAAAAGCUAAUAAUGAGGUAGCUGUUUUACGAGCUAAGCUGGUACAAAUGAACGCUGAGAAUGAAAGAUUAAAGGAGAUGUUGAUUCAGGCAACUGAGAACUAUAAUACAAUGAAGAUUCAUUUGUGUUCAUUGAUGAUGAAAAAUGGUGGAAAAGCUAAAGAAGAAGAUGAAGAAAAUAAGAAACGAAAUGGUGGAAUAAUAGUGCCUAGACAGUUUAUAGAUCUUGGUUUAGCUGUCGCCGCCGAUGCCAAUGAGUCGUCUCCGUCGUCUCCGGAAGGCAAGAGCCAGCGUGAAGAUAGCUCCGGUGGUGAUAACAAGGGUCCGGGAUUCGAUGUUGAUCAAAGUGAGGCCGCCAUGAGAAAAGCACGAGUUUCCGUUCGAGCUAGAUCAGAGGCUCCGAUGAUUACGGAUGGAUGUCAAUGGAGGAAGUACGGACAGAAAAUGGCGAAGGGAAAUCCGUGUCCACGAGCAUAUUAUCGAUGUACUAUGGCUACCGGUUGUCCCGUUAGAAAACAGGUACAGAGAUGUGCCGAAGAUCGAACAAUUCUUAUCACCACAUACGAAGGCAAUCACAACCACCCUUUGCCUCCAUCGGCGAUGUCGAUGGCAUCGACGACGUCAUCAGCAGCACGAAUGUUGGUAUCGGGUUCAACGUCUAGUCCCGACGGACUGAUGAACUCGAAUCUCCUCACCACAACUCUCCUGCCUUGCUCUUCCACCAUGGCUACUAUAUCGGCUUCAACUCCAUUCCCCAGCGUUACCUUGGAUUUAACACAGUCCUCGUUUUCGAGCCCUCCGCCGCCUUACAACGUUGCCAAUUCUGUAGCGGUUACCGCCGCAUUGGUGCCUCAAGUUUUCGGCCAGGCACUUGACAAUCAGUCCAAAUUCUCCCGUAUACAAAUGUCUAAAGCUUUGGAUCGGCUGCAACAGGGUGAACAAAAUUCAAUUGCUGACACUGUAAAUGCGGCCACGGCAGCCAUUGCGACGGACCCGAGCUUCGCCGCUGCUCUAGCCGCAGCUAUUACAUCUAUUAUUGAGAGUUCUGAAUCUCACCCCAAUAAUGGCCAUAAUAGCAAUGGCAAUGUCACUAACACUAGCAAUGCAAUGUAGGACAACAAUGAAACACAGUUUUGUUGCAAUUUUUUGUCAAACGAAGAAAUGUUUACGAGGGUAGUGUAGUAAUAUUGUUUCCUCAAAUGACUUAUUUGGUCCAAAAAGUAUGUCAAUGCAAAGUGAAGAAAAUAAUAUAAAAUGGAAGGGAAAAUUAUUUAAUUUCAUUCAA